GGAUUUUUCAACUGAUAACGCCUCACCAAUAAUUUGACUCAGUUAAUCAACUGUAGAAGAUUCAAGAUCUUUGGUUAUGACAUGUUGUCGCAGUAUGAAUCUUUAGAUUAGUGUUCAAUCGUGAUCACAAAUAUCAGCAUUCCCACUUCAUAGGGCUUAGAUCAAUAGGUUGCUGUCUGACGGUUCACAUUACCAACUUCGGACGAUUUUCAAUGUUGCAUUACACGCAUGAACUUCCAGUGGUGAACAUGAAAUAUUGAUGAAUUUUAAUUCUACAAAAACUAUCCUAUUUGUCGAUGCAAACCAAGCAGUCACAGGUUAGAACUAUUGGCGACAGGGUAAAGGAAAUUUUGAACCUAGUAAUUCUACGAGAUUCAACCUAAUUAUUUCGACCAAUCAGCAUCCAGAUUUAUCAUCGGCAUCAUUAGGAGACAUUGGUUGUUAAUUAAUCAUACGGUAUUUCUCAUUACUGUGCGGGCUCAGAAAAUGGUCACCUCUCCCGAUCGAUUACAGUUGCUACUCGACCGAAAUUGGCAGCGCUUCAAAAAUAACCAAUUGAAUAUUUUGGACAAUUCACGCACACGGCAGCAAUAUCUCUCAUGUUUUGGAGAUGUGACAGAAAUUGAUGAAUUAAUUUCUCAUUUGCAUACGGAGCUGGAAAACGACUUCAGAACACAUGAACGUGUAUAUAAAAACCUUCAUGAAUCCUGGACGAGCAUUCAUGUAAGCAAAGCAGUCAUUCAUGAUGCGCACAGCGAUCCAGAAAUGUCCAUCUCAGGGACAUGCCCCGUCAUGGGUUAAAAUACCAUUGCAUUCGAAACACUAUUUGCAGACAUUGGAUUGUUCAGCUCACAGGAAGACGAUGUCAUAUUAAAUGCUCAUUAAUGUAUUGCAGUACCCGUCCACAAGGAAACAGAAGACAAUUCGGGAAGUAUACUGAGUCCAGCUGUUCCAAAUGGUCCCCAUAAUUCUGCAAUAGAAGUGUCUGAAGAAUCAUAUUAUCGAGAUCCCCUUUUACCAGGAAACAUGACAGAUGCAUCAAAUAAUGGUCAGAAAUCUAAUACAAUUUUGAUUGAUGCUGUUUAUUUGAGUGAUCUAUUAUCCACUAAUGGUAUUUUGAAGAGAUUUGAUGAAUAUGUUUCACGAGAAUCAAAACUCAAUGACCUCAUAUCUAGUGUCGCUGAUCCUCAUCAUCUAGUCAGUUCUAUUGGACUCUCUACUCAAUGCAGGAAAUAUGCUUUGAAUAGAAUCAGACUAACUGCUACUUGGGUAUAUGAGGACUCAACAUUAUUUUGCGGGGGAGGAUGGACGGGGAAAACUUUAAAAUCGGGAUAUCAACUCCGGAUCUUCAAAAAAUGGAGGUGUUAGGAUAUUUGGAAAAAUGUACCAAUAAUUAUCAUGUUAAGUCUAAUGGUGUCCUUAGACUUUAAAUGGACAUUCCCUGUUGUUCAAUAUUUUUUCACUUGUUAAAUAUUGUACAAAUGUUGGUUUCUAUAAAGAGAGUAUGUUUGAGAUAUAAUGAUUCAUAUAUCAGAGGCUGAGACUUGUGUUCUGGACUCAACUGGCUGGGCUAGACUGGGAAGCAAGGCCUAUCGUGACUCUAGGUCGUCCUUACGUGUUUUGCGUGUCAUUGAUCCGAUCGAUAAAUACGCUGAGAGUCUAAUCUGCAAUCGACAAGACACAACAGAAUCUAUGAUUUAGACGUGAAUUUCAAAAAACUAGUGAAAAACCAAUCCAAUCAUGUAUCUUUGAAUAACGUACUUAUAGAAUGAAGUAUUUUGCCACUUCAACCGAUAUCGUACACGCUCGCUUUUAUACUUCUGUUUUACAGUGUGAUGGUGAGUCUCAUUCAAUCACGGGAUCAUGAAUACGAUCAGUCUCAUAAUGCCUGCAUAAAGCUGAAUACAAGGUUUAGCAUGCAGUGGACGUGUGAGACGAUAAUGCAUGAUAGAAUUGAGAGAUAAUACCAACAGUCAUUGAGAAUCGCUAACAUGAGUUUGCUAGUCACACGCUCACACACACAAGUAUAUGAGUGACCUGGUUUGGGAUCAGGAAUAAAGCUAAGUUGUUAUGCAGUUUAAGUACAUUUUAUGUAGAAGUUGUCGUUUUCUUGUACAUAACAUUCCAGACUGAUCUGAAUUAAACAUUCACUUGAAAUUAUAAAGCGUUGAACGGAUGUUGUGUUCAUUCAUGUCACUCUUCAGUGGUUUGCAUUAAAGAUCUCACAGGUGGUUAAACUUUUCAAUGUCAGAAUUUGCGAUAAGCGUAUAACCUUCAGACGUGUAAUCCAAUAUCCCACAGUUUAAAAUGUUCACUCUAGUGAGCUUGCGACAUUGAGAGAAUCAAUUACUAAAUUCGUUGAAAGACAUCAGAAUGUUGAACGAAUAAUGUCUUACCGCAGUGUGUUCAAGUAGUAAUCACAAUAAGCAAAAUCCACAGUCUAGUGAAUGUAGAUCACUAAAGAAAUGUAAUUGUAGUAAAUAAAGUGAUCUGAAACUGAAGCCACUUUUAAAACGGAUUGUAUUUCAUUUUGAGAAAGAACACUAGGAAGUAUAAAGAUAAACCAGAUAGAUAUAUUGUUCCAGUGAUUAUCUCAGAUUUCUGUAGAGAUUGAGGAGUGAUAUUUGUAUGAAUGCGUCCCAUUUUAAUAAAUGAUGCUGUUCCGAGUUUUAACUAUAUCUUUGCCUAACAACACAGAGAGGUGCUCACCGACCGCAAAAACAAAUUUUCAGAACAUCUCUACCUACGCAACAUACUACAGAGAAGCAGUUAAAAUGUCGGAUACAGAGUGAAGUGCCUUGUUUAUAACACAACGUUAAAGUGAUCAUUGAACGUGUGGAAACCAGUGAUUAUGGUCUACCUGAAUUAAAAAGUCUUUGAAUUCAUCCACGUACUUUUUAUCGCAGCACAUCAAAAGGUGCGUCAUUUCUAAAUUUCAAGGGUACAUACAGAAGCGUUUUGUCACACGUUAGGCAUUCUUUAUGGCCUCUUUUUUUGGUUAGAUGUUUAUCUAUAAAUUUCUCCCGACAGUCGAUUUUUUCAGUGCCCUAAACAAUGCCUUUGUUUUAUCUACAACUGCCUCUUGAAACCUCGUGGUAUUGAUCCUGUGGUGGAUUUUCAUAGUCAUGUUCGUUUUGUAUUGUCGAGGAACGAAAAUAUUAUAAUUUGUACAGUGGCGCGUUCAGCUUGUUUUCUCGUUUAUGUUACUUCCUAAUGAUCUACCAUUUCUCAUUGUAAGUAGGACACUCAGAUAGGCAAUCAAGCCAAUAUUGUCAAAGAUAAGCAUAAACAUAUCGUCCAUAUAUCGUCAGUAAACUGGAGACAUGUGAAUCUGUUGUGCCAGUUUAAUGUUUUAUACUUAAUGGAGAAAAAAUGUCAGCGAAUAUGUAAUCACAGUGUGAACACAUUGCGAUAUUGCAACACAUCUAUUUGCCCAUGAAUUGCUCGGUUGAAUCUGAAAUCAACUUCCGUAGUGAAACUUAGUAACAUUUCAGUGAUGAUCUACAAAGAAGUUAUAGUCUCUAUUUCUAGUUCUCUUAUUUGUUCACACAUAUAUUCCACAUUCUCUCUGAGUGAGACUUUUGUGAACAGUGACUUAACGUCUCAGGAUAUCAUCGCUAAAGAUUUAUUGAUCUUCAGUGUAUUCUAUUACCAUAAUAUGUAGCCACUGUGUGUGUCAGAUCGGGCAUAUAGAUGGAUUACAUCAUACAAUUUAAUAAUGGAAUGCUGUAUUGUCUUUCUAGAAUAUUGUAAAAAUUUUCAUUAUUUCAAUCAUCAAGUGAUGUUUUCCGAAACUCUACUUUAAUGUUUGUUUCCGACCAACAUUGACGGAUUGAGGUUGAUGGUCACGUCUAAUCUGGAUAUGAUGGAAGUUAGAGCAUGUGCAUAGUGGCGGGCGGGCACUGGUGACCGUUAGGUGACUUAUGAUAGUUGGACAAUUCAGUGAGAUUAGUUGAAAGAUUUCUGUAUGUGAUAAACACGAUCACCUAUGUGUUAUUAUGUAAAUUUCAUUGCAAUAUUAUCCUCAACUUCACAAGCUGUCAUCAGACAUUACUUAAUCCUUUAUUUCGCUAGACGUUUUAGUGGUGAAUUAAUCCUCAGAAUCAAUAGUCCUGUAAGUCAUUGAUAUUUGAUGCUGAUCACAUUAGUUUCAACAGAAUCAACUAGCCUGAAAACGCAGGGUCACGCAUCCAAAAUAGAUCACGAGUGAGUACCUCGUGCUCAAAAUUUUCUACAACCGCUAGUCACCUUGGACCAGUAACUUGUCCACAUGUCAAUAGUCUAUCGAAGAUAUAUCGUCGAAACUGUUCACAUCUGACUUCUGAUUUUACUAAUUUGGCACGUUCCGAUUGUCUAGGAUGUUACUGUUUAAAGUGAUAUCGAAUUACAAUUACUUGAGCCAACUUUGAGGUCGGAAAACACUUCAACUUGGUUAUAAACUAAUCUAUUGUUAGUUAAUAAAUUCAGUCGACUGAAUUGCUUCAGAUCUCACUUAUUACUACUUUCUUGAAUUUUAGAUAACAUCAACGGCUAAUUACAUUAGAAUGAACAGCAAUACAAAUGAUGAAUACAUUCUAAUGAGUAUCUGAGGAAAAUGCUCAUACAAACUGGGAAUAGUUAUACAGCCAACAUUUGCUUGUUGUACAAUCACAGUUACGACUCCUGUUCAGUAAUAAUCGCCUGUUGCUUUGAGUUUGAAUACCCCCAUGGCGAACAUUUCUAAAGAUUAUGGAACAAAUAGGUCUGCCGGUGCAUGGAUAUAACUACAUACUUGUUUACGGAUGUGAUAUAAUUGGGUCGUGUAUCAGUUUUCCGUGAAAGUAUGCUUUAAUUGUAUUAGGUGGUAAUUGUGUUUGUUGUCGUUCUCCUGAUGCCUAUGAAGAAUUCAUAGAAAAUACGUCAAAUCAUUCUGCACAAGUGAACGUCAUAUUGUGGACAGCUUAAUAUCUUCGAACAAUUACCGUAGAAUACCAAUUUGAUGAAAGUAAUUUGACCCUGGAUAUCAACAGUAAUACUUUUAUAUUCCAACGAAUAUAGAUCGUUCAGGUCCUGGUAGACACCAGCAAAUCUAGGUCCAUCUGAUCGUGGAUUGAGUAGAUAGAAGAAUAUCGAUGACUUGUUAUUCUAAACAUGGUAUUAGUUAUAUUAUGUGAAACAUUUUAAACGCAGAAUGUCGUACCAGAGUAGAUUUAAAUGGCUUUUCAAUACAAUCCUCAAAUGUACUUUUCCAGGAUCAUGUUAGUUGAAUAAAUUGAAAUUGAUUGAAUCGCCUAGAUACAUGUGUAUCCUUCGUGUUGAAUCUUGAUUGUAAUCAGAUAUCAUCAUCACCAUUAGAUUCUCAUUUGAAUGUGUCUUCACUCAUCUUCUUGAGUAGUUUCAAAGUUCCAAAAUCCACAUAGGUAAUCACACCGAUCGUUCAAUAUAUAGGGACUAUUUUAAUGUUUGUUUACUCCUCAGUGCUUAUUGUAGUCAAUACCUCAUUCAAAGAUAAACCUGUUGUCGGACAUGAAUACCUUCAACACUUUCAACGUUUCUCCAAUCUCAAUAAGAAUAAUGUGAUCACGUUGUAAACUUUAUUAACAACAUUUUCAUAACGAGAUUAUAAUUAAACUGCAUAAUACAGAUCAUCCAAAUAAGAUUGUAGAAACCAAACGCAGUACCAAAUACCACAACCUGAAUCAUUAGUAUUUUGUUAAAUUUGUAGAAUUAUGGUAUAGUUCGGUAAUAGUAUCACGACAGGAGUAGACAUAAUACAGAAAUCGUCAACUUUAAAUAGACGUUACCUCAUUAUUUACACUAACUCAUCCGAUCGUGACUAUCAGCAUGAGGACGUCUAGCAUAGUUAGGGAAAUAACACGAGCAGGGUCAAAUGCAUUAUAUUUGAUGAAAUAUUAUAAAGACGUUAUGAAGGCUGAUCACAGUUGCACAACGCCUUGUUAUAUUUGACUGAUUCUAUCAGUGAAAUGAUUCACAGCAGUGUGAAUUUAUAGAUAACAGUGCGGAUUUCUCUAAGCUGAUGAAACAAUAAUUGAAUAAUGAACAUUUGAAUAACUUAGCCAUUGUGUUGAAUGUAUAUUAUCUCUUCAAGGAAUCACUCAUACGUUUGCUUUUGUACUUUCAUCUUACAAUUGGAUAAUGAGUUUCAUCUAAUCAAGUUAUCCUUAUUGGCUGUUGGAACUGAAACAAAAAGAUCAGCUGAUUAUAUACAGUGCAUUU